AUGGAUUCUAAAGUAAUACCAACUGACAAUACUUAUGAUAGCUCUGAGGAUACUUGGUACAGCGAGUAUGGAGAAGCUUGGAAAAAGGUGAAGUCACAUCAUAUUUUGAUAUUUUUCUUAAUUAUUGCAUUAUUAGUGUGCUUCCACUUCAGACACCGAAUAGCCCAAUGGCACGACAGAUACAGAACACGGAAUAGAAUGAGGUAUUCUUCUGUUGGAGGUAACGGGUUUGAACUGGAUAUUGAAAAUGGAUUAACUAGUGAUACUUUUGAUCUCCAUUCGAACAUCGAAAAUGAGGACUCAAGAGAUGGUCUUCUGCAAGCUGCAACCGAGAGCAUCAAAAGAAUAAUGCGGUCAGAUGGGGUCACGUUUGACGAAGCUAGACUUAAAUAUUUCAGAGACGAACUACAAGAUAAUGGCAUAGGUCCAGAUGGAGUUCCAACAGAUAAAAAAACAGUUACAUUCAGUAGCAGAUAA